UCUGCUUCAAGAUCUUCGACCUGGACCGCGACGGUGUGCUCAACAAGAAAGAACUCAUCGACAUGGUUGGCAUUCUCUGCACAGUCGCCAACGAGUCACUCAAAAACAGUUCCCGAGCGUCCACACCCUCUGAUGGCAACGAAUCCGAAGGCACUGAGAAAGGCUUCGACCCAGAAGUGAUCCUGUUAAACCUUAGAGACAAGCUGAUCACUGUACCUCGGAACGGGCGGAAGCCUGUCUUCCAACUAGGAGUUGCAGGCGAGGGAGAAGAUAUUGUGGUGGUGAAGGAGGACAUAAACCAUGAGAGCGAAGGUCUAAUAGCGAACGAUCUUGCUCUGACCCUGGAAGACUUCUUAAUAUGGAGCGUGGAGACAGCUGAAAACCUCGUUUCACCAUUCUUGGAGUUGGUCUUCGAGGUUUGCCACAUCGUGUUGGGGUUAAGACCGCACUGCAAGCAUCAGGAGAGAGAUAUUG